GGCGGGGCGAGCCCGCCCGCUCCGGUCGCCCGUGGAGACGGGCUGCGGGCGGAGGACGGGAGCGGCUGGGCGGAUCAUUACACCGAUAAAAUCAAAGCAAGCCGGACAGGUAGCAAGACUGCCUAUGUAGACUAAGGAAUUUGCUGAAGGUCACAUAACCUGAGGCCAAGCUGGAUCUUGUGACUCCCAGUCUGGUGCUUUAAUCACGGACCGCUCCUGCUUUACAUGCUAGCUUCACCGCUUCACUGAAAAUGUCUGGCAAAACAGCUAGCACGACCAACAACAUAGCCCAGGCCCGAAGGACUGUCCAGCAGUUGAGAAUAGAAGCCUCAAUAGAAAGAAUAAAGGUGUCAAAAGCAUCGGCAGACCUAAUGCUCUACUGUGAAGAACACGCCAAGAAAGAUCCGUUGCUAAUGGGCAUACCUGCUUCGGAGAACCCUUUCAAGGACAAGAAGACCUGCGUGUUGUUAUAGGAGAGCGGCAGCUCCUCCGCAGCCCUCCAGGGCAGAGCCAGCCGCCGGCGGGCAGAUAGGCAAACACUCUGUAAGGCACCAGCUGUAGUUACUGUAUAAGAGCGGCCGUUCUUUUACCAAGCGUAUAAACGAUUUCUUAAGCUUUCUAAAGCAUUUCUUCUCUUCCCUAUCUUUAUUAGGAAGUGAGGUUUCAAAGUGAAUUAACUUCUUUUCUUGACCGAGGGAACGGGGUCUUGGCCAAGCCCGCGAGCGCUGUCCCUGCGGUGGGACGGGCAGGGCGAGCCGGGGGUCUUGUCCCCGCGGGAGCGGGUCCCAGCGUCCCUUUUCGAAUUACACAAACAAGACCAAAGUUGCCUGAGCUUUGCUCAGAAACCUGUUUAAACGUCAUUGGUGUUACUUUUUUUUAAUUAUGUAUGCAAGGAGGGGGGGGUGUACCUGUGUGGAUAGCGCGUGUUUAUGCUCAGACAGAUUUAAAGUGCAUUAUCUAGCAAAAGCUACCUUGAAAAAUGAUUGUAGCAACUGCUGGUGAACUCCAGGGAGCCGUGCCCGCGGCCUUCCUCGCGUUGCCUUCUCUUGGCAGGGGUUUUUAAGCGUAACAACUAAAGCGUCAAGAAUCGGAGAUCUGCAGAUUUAUUUUCCUGCUUUUUAAGAGGAGUUGAAAAAGCCGAAUUUUCAGCUUUGAUUCUGCUUCUCUGCGUUUUCUUCUCUAACUAAAAAUCCGCGUUAGUAUUAAAAAAAAGCCCUGUCAAAAGACUCAAAGGCUGCAAACCAGCACUGCCCUGGCUUCGUGCUGAGCCGGAGGCACGGUCCCGUCCCUCAGAGUCCCAGUUAGGUUUUGUGCAGGGAGUCAGAAUUUGGCUCUUUUAAAAAUUCAUUUUUAAAGGGGAAAAAUGCCAAAUUAUAUCCAGAUUGUGGUUAUGCAGAUACAAUUGGAGGGCCUUUCCAUCAAGUAAGUGAUUUUAUAUAUAUACAUAAUAAAUAUUCUUUCUCUCUGUGUGUGUAUAUGUGUAUAUAUAUAAAAACUUUAAUAGUAUAUUUAUGCAAACCUUGCAUAUUAACAGAAAACUUUGAAGGGAUUGAAAAUAAUACUGACUUCAGCUGCUUACAGGUGUCUUUCCCUGUAGCCAGUGGUUCGGAGGUUGAAGUUGCGAUCUGCCAUAACUCUGCAUUUCUGUAAUGACAUUUACAGAAUUUAUUAACCACUUGUAACUUACUGUCUUACAUUGCAUAUUUGUCAUUUCUAUAUUAAAUUAUAUACACACUAUUGA